AUGAUUCUCUGCUUUUUAACCAAGGCCCACAAAAUAAUAACCCAAAAAAUCAAGUUUAUAUUUCAACAGUUGUUAGUCAUCAUCAAGUUUCCUCCAUGUUGGAGCUUCCAUUUGUUGAAGAGCUGCAGCAACCGAUUCACUUGUGGGAAUAUCACGGGGGUUCAAUUCCCUUUCUGGGGAGAUGAUAGGCUGGAAGGUUGUGGAUAUCCUCAUCUAUAUCUCCACUGCGACAAAAACGAAACUACCAUUGAGAUCAGGGGUGUGAAAUACAAGGUACUAGUCCUGGACCCGAAAAACCAGACCCUCCAAAUCUCAAGGGAUGAUUUCUCAAAUGGGUUAUGCUCCCCAACAUACCUUAAUACCACCUUUGAUUCACAGCAAUUUGAAUAUGGUCCAGAAUUUGGAGAAAUUACAUUUCACUAUGAUUGCCCUCCUGGUCUUAAUGGCGUGCUCGGGUUUUUCCCUUGCCCCGGUGGGUCUACUCAUAAGGAUGGCUUCAUAGGAAAUGGACCUCAAACUAUGGGUUGCAAUUCGAGCCUCAAAGUUGGGAUUGGUCGGAAUUAUUUUAUUGAUACGGAAGAAUAUUGGUGGGAAAUGGAACAGGCACUGAUCAAAGAAGGAUUUAAAGUGAAAUAUAAGGUGAAUACUUGGUUAUGUGAUGGAUGCACCAAAUCCGGCGGGGUUUGUGGUUAUGACUGGGCUUCCAAACAACCAACUUGCUACUGCGCGGAUGGAUCUUCUGGGCAAAGGCUAUGUCCUCCCUCAUCAUCACCCAAGGGCCAAACAAAAGAAUCCUCUUCGGAUCGUAAUUUGAUCAUAGGCAUUUCAUCAGGAGCAGUGCUUGGAAUUUUGAUAAUUUCUGCUAUAAUUUUCUCUGUCUAUAAACGAGUAUCUUGGAAGAAAGAAAAUAGAGACGAUUUUGAUGUCGAGGCAUUUUUAAGCAGUAAUACUUCAUUUGCCCCAAAGCGAUACAGUCACUCACAUGUCAAAAAAAUGACAAACUCAUUUGUCAACAUAAUUGGGAAAGGAGGAUAUGGCUGUGUAUACAGAGGAACACUGCCUGAUGGUCAUCUGGUUGCGGUGAAAGUCCUCAAAAAUUCCAAAAACAACGGAGAAGAUUUUAUCAACGAAGUUGCUAGUAUGGGUAGAACUUCUCAUGUUAAUAUAGUCACUCUUCUCGGAUUCUGCUACGAGGGCACAAAGAGAGCUUUGAUUUAUGAUUACAUGCCUAAUGGAUCACUUGAUAAAUUCAUAUUUGAUCAAGAAUCUCCAAACCCAACUCGUCGCUUGGAUUGGACAACAUUGUACGAAAUUGCUCUUGGAAUUGCACGAGGACUAGAGUACUUGCAUCGAGGUUGCAACACAAGGAUAUUGCAUUUUGACAUAAAGCCUCAAAACAUUCUUUUGGAUAAAGAUUUUUGUCCAAAAAUCUCUGAUUUUGGCCUGGCAAAACUGUGGCUAAAAAAGGAAAGUAUUGUAUCGAUGACGGGUGCUAGAGGAACAGCAGGAUACAUAGCACCUGAAGUAUUCAAUCGCAACUUUGGUGGAGUGUCUCACAAAUCCGAUGUUUAUAGCUACGGAAUGUUGGUAUUGGAAAUGGUUGGAGGAAGAAAGAAUGUUGAUGUUGGAGUGUCUCGUACUAGUGAAAUAUACUUUCCAUAUUGGAUUUACGAGAACAUAGAAUUGGAUAAAGAUCUAAGAAUUUUGGGUGUCACAACAGAGGAGGAAAAAGAGAUGGCAAAGAAGAUGGUAUUAGUGAGCUUUUGGUGCAUUCAGACAAUUCCAUCCGAUCGACCACCAAUGAGUAAAAUUGUAGAUAUGCUGGAAGGAAAUCUUCAAUCUGUCCAGAUUCCACCAAAGCCGAUCUUGUCUUCUCCUGCAAGGUCUCCUUAGGCGUUCCACAAAAUCAUAACAGUAGAUUUAUAUAUUCCACUUGUCAGUUCUCUAUAUUUGAUGUUUCCCAAGUUGGAUCAUAUUCUCAGCUUUUGAUUGUUAACCUGCAUAAAAAAGUGGGCAAUUAAGCGUGCUAAAUAUAUGUAAUGACCACUAACCGUGUUGACAGGUUCAGGAGAAAAAAAAGGUUUC